GGCUGCAUCUUGACAACUUCCUGCGGUGCGUGGUCGCCAUUCAAGCUGUUGUUUCUUUCAUUUAAUCUUCUGGGAUUUAUUUGAAUAGAUUUUUUAUUUACAUAGAUCACAGCUCAGGAGCUGCGACACUCGCCCAUCAUGCCUCGCAGGCAGACGCAAAUGCGCGGUCCUAAAGACCGGGACCAGUCCCUGCAGAAGUCGAAGAAUCCCGCACCCAAGAACAAGAAGUCCGGCAACUACCUGAAUGCAUUUGCUAUCGCAGAGAGCGAAAACCCCGGAAAGCUGGGAGUUAAGCGCACCCGUCUGGGCAAGCAGGACGAACCGUUCAAACGCAGGCGACACAACCCUCAAGAUGACGACGAUUCGGACGGCCCGGACUACAGCAAGCGCCGUCGCACUGAAGACGAUGAGGCGGAAAUGGACUCGAAUGCUGGUAGCGAUGGCGAAGGACACCGGUGGAGGAUUGGCGAGGUCGGUAGUGACGAUGACAGCGAGUUGGACAGUGACGAAGCCAUGGGUUCCAGUGAUGAGGAAAGGUUCGAGGGCUUCACGUUCCGCGGAAGUUCUACGAUGAAGAAUAAGCCGAAGCAGAAGGCCCCCGAACGCAAGAAGCGCACUCGCGAUAUCAACUUGUCCGAGGAUGCUGAAGUAUCGGAGGAGGACGAUCUCGAAGACGACGAGGACGAUCUCGGAGAGGAUGCGAUAGAUUUGACUACGGCUUGGGAUAUGAACAUGGCAGAGGAGGAAGAGGAAAAGGCUAAGAAGGCCAAGUCUAAGUCUAAGCAAUCGGCUGAAAGCGACGAAUCGGAAGAAUACGACUCUGAGAGCGAGGACAGCGACUCCGACGACAAUGACGAUGAACUGCCAUUAUCGGGAGACGAAAUGGACGAAGAUGAGGUGGAUGAGCAUGGUCUUUCCAAGCUACAGGACUUUGUAAACGCUAUGAACACCGAGGGUACCACGAAGACGGCUCGAAAGACAGGCGGAAAACAGGAACAAGGGGCCCCUACGGAGUUCGGUCUGACUUCUACCAAAAAACUCACUAUUGCCGAUCUUUUGCCUUCUAUUACAGAUUCUCGCCUGAAGAGUUCCCUCAAGCAUGUCGACGCUGCUACAACCUCAAACAAGAAGACGUCCGGUGUUCCUGGCAAGCUGGAUGCGCCUCUUGCGAAACGCCAACAGGAUCGGCUGGACCGAGCGGCCGCAUAUGAGAAGAGCAAAGAGACUCUUGACCGCUGGCUGGAGACUGUCAAGGCCAACCGCCGAGCCGAGCACCUUAUGUUCCCUUUGCCUGAUCCCGAAGCAAACCAGACACACCGUAUGGGCGCUGCUGAGCCUCGAACCGACCUUGAAAGCACCAUUCAAAAUAUCCUUCAGGAGAGUGGACUCACUGAAAACAACGGAAAGUCGGCUGAAGAACAAGUGCAGGAGUUUGAAGAGCUCCAGGCGCGGAAGCUGCCUAUUGAGGAGAUCAGGGCCCGCAGGGCGGAACUACGGAAGCGUCGUGAUCUGCUCUUCCGGGAGGAGGUGCGCGCCAAGCGCAUUAAGAAGAUUAAGAGCAAGUCGUACCGUCGUGUGCACCGCAAGGAGAGAGAGAGGCUUGAGCAACAGGAACGCCAGGCUCUCUUAGAAGCUGGCGUGGACCUGGAUGAAGAGGAGAAGGAGAAGAACGAUCGUCUAAGAGCGGAGGCCAGAAUGGGUUCGAAGCACAAGGAGAGCAAGUGGGCGAAGAGCCUGAAGCAGACUGGCCGGACCGCCUGGGAUGAGGACGCUCGACAUGGCACACAAGAUCUUGCUCUACGGGAGGAGGAACUACGGAAGAGGAUCGAAGGAAAGCGUGUCACCAACGGUGAUGAAGACUACCUUGGCUCGUCCAGUUCUGAGUCCGAAGAUGAGGACCCAUGGGAUGAAGAGGCUGGGUCAGAUGCUGAGAAGCGCAAGAUCCGCCAGAAGCUUAGCCAGCUGGAAGGCGACGAUGAUGCUGACGCAGAGUUCAAGGGACCUCAUGCCAAGCUCCUUUCGAUGAAGUUCAUGCAGAAUGCGGACGCUGCGCGUAAAGCAGAGAAUGAUGCCGAAAUUCGACGUCUCAACCGGGAGCUCCACGGUGAAGAAUCGCAGUCUGAGGCGGAAUCUGAAGUCGGUCGGCGGAAGUUCGGUCACAACAAGGAGGAGGCGAAGACAGCAAAGCUGCCUCGCAAUGAAUUCGAAGAGGCACCGGGUUCUGACGAUGAGGAUCAGCGAGAGGCGGACCAAGAGGUCGACAUUGUUGUUGACCGUCCCGCAAAGAAGGGACCGGCCGUCUCCCAAAACAAGUCCCGUGGUCGUCCUCAAAAGGAAGUCGUAGAAGAAGAAGAUGAUGCUGCUGCUGCGGAGGAGAACCCGUGGCUCGUGCAGACGAACCGCAAUAACCGUCGCGCCACUGUGAACGACUCACAGCAAACUGUUGACAUCACGCUAGAUGACGCGAAUGUCAGCAGUGGUAAAUCGAAGAGUGCUCCCAAACCCCAAAAGGCAUCGGCACCUAGCAAAAAGAAGGUUGAUGCCGAGGUGUACGGUAGCGAUGAGGAGGAGAGCGUGCCAGUGCUUCUCAAGAAUCAUGAUCUGGUGAAGAGGGCUUUCGCGGGCGACGAAGUCGUGCAGGACUUCGAGCAAGAGAAGUUCGACACCAUCAAGGAGGAGGACGAUCAAGUGAUUGACAACACCCUCCCCGGCUGGGGUAGCUGGGCCGGUGAUGGCAUCAGCAAGAAACAGCAAAAGCGCCAGAAACGGUUCCUCACCAAGGUCGAGGGAGUGAAGCCGGAAGACCGGAAGGAUGCCAAGCUCUCCCGGGUCAUCAUCAACGAGAAACGGGUCAAGAAGAACACCAAGUACAUGGCCACGCAACUCCCUCACCCCUUCGAAACGAAGCAGCAGUAUGAGAGAUCGCUCCGUCUGCCCAUCGGUCCUGAGUGGUCUACUAAGGAGACUUUCCAAAAUGCAACCAAGCCACGCGUGAUGAUCAAGCAAGGUGUCAUCAAACCGAUGGAAAAGCCCAUGGUUUAAUGUAUGUGGUGGUCCGGCUACUACGAGUUGGCCGUCAUGAUGGGUAUCUGGAUAGACGAGAGCAAGGCAUCUUGCCUACCUGGGGUCUUUGGGUGGCGUUAUUGUAGAAUUAAGUUUGGUCAUGAUACCAAGUCAUUUUAAGAUUUCUCCGAA